UGUGUCGCACGGAAUGAUACACUUCUGUGAUGGUGACUCAUCCGAACCCACUACAGCAGGAGGGAAAAGGAGGAGGACAAGAACACACUGAGUGCCAGACUCAAGUCCAGCCUCCACCCAACUCAUUCUUUCCUACAUGGGCUCUGGGAUGGAUUUGCAGACGGUGCAGUAAGUGAGCUGUGUCAGUGGACUUGGGAGACUCCAUCUCAAGAUUAUUGACUAAACCGUCACCAGAUAUCUGAAGAAAACCCCUCCAUACCAGAAACAAUGGCGACCCCCAAAAAUACUCCCCGAGGAGGAAACACUCCGCUCUCCCCCAACCGCAUCACCCGUCUCCAGGAGAAAGAAGACCUCUGCAACCUCAACGACCGCCUGGCCGUCUACAUCGACAAGGUCCGCUCUCUUGAGAUGGAGAACGCCGGCCUUCGUCUUCGCAUCACCGAGUCUGAGACCGAGGUGAGCCGGGAACUGACGGGUCUGAAGGCCGCGUACGAGGCGGAGCUCGCCGAUGCCCGGCAGACGCUGGACUCGGUGGCCAAGGAGCGAGCUCGUCUUCAGCUGGAGCUGGGGAAACUGAGAGAGGACCACAAGGAGCUGAAGGCAAGGAACUCCAAGAAAGAGUCGGAGCUCACGGGGGCUUUGCAGCGGCUCAAGGAUCUGGAGGCUUUGCUGAACUCCAAAGACGCCUCUCUGACAACGGCUCUGGGAGAGAAGCGGAAUUUGGAGGUGGAAAACAGGGACCUGAAGUCUCAGGUUGCCAAGCUGGAGACAAGUUUGGGCGACGCAAAAAAGCAAUUGCAAGAUGAGAUGCUGAGGAGAGUCGAUGGGGAGAAUCGGAUCCAGACUCUGAAGGAGGAGCUGGAGUUUCAGAGGAAUCUACACUCUGAGGAGCUGCGGGAGACAAAGCGACGCCACGAGUCGCGCAUGGUUGAGCUCGAGAACGGCAGCCAGCAGGACUUUGAGAGCAAACUGGCGGAGGCUCUGGCGGACAUGCGAAACCAACACGAACUGCAAGUCAAAAUGUACAAGGAGGAAAUUGAGAAGACUUACAACUCAAAGUUGGACAGUGCACGUCAGUCAGCAGACAGGAGCAGCCACCUGGUUGGAGCGGCACAUGAGGAACUGCAGCAGGUCCGAAUCCGCCUGGAGUCCACAUCUGCUCAGCUGAGUCAGCUGCAGAAGCAGCUGGCUGCACGUGAGGCAAAGGUGAGGGAGCUGGAGGAAGCACUCUCCAGAGAGCGGGACACCACCAGGCAUCUUCUGGGAGAGAAGGAGAGGGAAAUGGCGGAGAUGCGGCAGCAGAUGCAGCAGCAGCUGGACGAAUACCAGGAGCUCCUGGAUGUCAAGCUGGCUCUGGAUAUGGAGAUUGGUGCCUACAGGAAGCUGCUGGAGGGAGAGGAGCAGAGGCUUCGUCUUUCUCCUAGUCCUCCACCGACCAGAGUGUCAGGAAGCCACUCCUCCUCUGCUCUCCACUCUCGUUCCCUUAACUGCGGCACUCCGACAAAGAGGCGUCGUCCCAACGACACUGACAGCGAGGCCUCGAGCUUUGCAGGCGGAGCCAUCGCUCGCACUCGCAUCACCCAGCAGGCCUCCGCCAGCGGGCGGGUCACCGUGGAUGAGGUGGACCUGGACGGGAAAUACGUCCGACUUAGCAACAAAGCUGAUGAAGAUCAGAACCUGGGGAACUGGCAGCUGAGGCGCCAGGUGGGAUCCGGUGCUGCCAUCUCAUUCAAGUUCCCGGCUAAAUUUGUCCUGAAGGCUGGACAGAGAGUCACGAUCUGGGCCGCUGGAUCUGGUGGGACACACAAUCCACCCAGUGAUUUGCUGUGGAAAACUCAGCCUAUCUGGGGCACUGGAGAGCAAUUCCAGACCACCUUGGUCAGCGCUGCUGGAGAGGAAAUGGCGAUGAGAAGAGUCACUCGCACUCACUUUGAGGAGGACGAUGAUGACAUGCAGGUGGCCCACAGCACCUGUGGAGACGGCGAGUACAACCUGCGGAGUCGGACCGUCACAUGCGGAUCUUGCGGCCUUCCCUCAGAAAAGUCGGGCCACUGCUCCGUUACUUCGGCUUCACGCUCUUUCCGUAGUGGCGGGCUCUCUGAGGGUCUACUGCCACACUCCUACGUGUUCAGCACCAGCACCCCACGCAAGAGUGGGACCCGGAUGGAGAACUGUCCGAUCAUGUGAGGAUCUGUGUGACGCCAUUGGAAGUCUGUCAGAGCCUUUUUAAUCCAAAAAGGAUUUUGAUGUAAACAAUGAUUAUUUUUUUUCAGUUAUUUAUGCAUGUUUAUGACGUACAUUUGUUCAUUCUUUAUGAUGUAUGAGUUUUUUUUAAAACAUUUAGGCAUUUUUAAAAAAUAAAACACUUGUUUUUUUAAAGUUCAUAUUGACAAGGGAGCGUUUUUCCUGUACUAUGUACCCACAAGAAAGUCGACUGUUGGUAACCAAUUGCUAUUUUUUUCCUAAUCUCAAUAAAAUUCU